AUGGCAGCUUUACAAAGAUUCUUACAGCUGGAGCGCAGAAGGCGGCUGAGAAGUCAAUCAGUUUAUAUAAAUGCCCACAUAAGGACAAAUUUUACCCCUCUUGACUCACUAUCUGAUGAUGCAAUUUUAAGAAAAUUCCGUCUUCCAAGGACCAAGAUUCUUGAAUUAUUUCAGAUAGUGAAACCACACCUUCAGAGGGCAACAAGAAGAAACUACGCCUUAAGUCCAGAGGUGCAGUUGUUAGCUACACUGCGUUAUUUUGCUGUUGGAAGUUUUAUGGAGGUGGUGGGUGAUGGCCUGGGGCUCAGCAAGUCUUCAGUCAGCAAAACUGUGACAACAGUAACACCUUUGCUGUUAGAGCUGAUGAAGAGCAUCCUGGUUUUCCCCAAAACUCCUGAGGAAAUACAGCUGGCCAAUCAACAAUUCUAUGAUAUUGACAACAUCCCCAGAGUGAUUGGCAUCAUUGAUGGCACCUUAAUCCCAGUAUUAAGCCCUAAGGUAAAUGAGCCCUUGUACAUUUGCAGGAAGGGCUAUCCAGCCAUUAAUGUUCAAGUAGUGUGUGAUCACCAGGGAAUGUUCACUGACAUUGUGGCAAAAUGGCCUGGAAGCACACAUGACUCUUUUGCAUGGGCCAAUUCUGCAAUUUGCCAGAUGGCUGAAGAAGGUGGCUUUGGUGAUAGCUGGCUGCUGGGAGACAGUGGAUAUCCUCUUCGCCCCUACCUCUUGAGACCUGUGCAGCAUCCAGCCACCAUUGCAGAGGAAAGGUUUAAUCAGGCCCAUGGAAGGACACGCUCUAUAGUGGAGAGGACUAUAGAUAUGUUUGGAUGGUAG